CCAAGCACGAGAAGAGUUGUGAGAAGCAUGUGAUCAAAACAAAAUGUUUACACUUUGAGAAUAUUUUAUUUGUAGAUUUGUCAGAUCUUUUCUUUUUUGUUUUAAAGACCCUACAACGGCGAGCAUGUGGAAAAAACUUUUAAUCUGGCUGCAAAUUGGAGCCGCAGUGGCAUUAAACAGUCAAGAAACUUGCCCACGUUUUGGCUACAGUAUUCGUCUGUCCAAUUCUGGACCUGAAAAUUCUAUGAACUCCGAUGGAAAAGGUUCUUGCGGAUGUUCUGUGUUGAAACGAAAUAAUGCUUUAAAUAAGGAGGAAAUGACGCUAAACACAGGAAACACAGACGGCGAAAUCAAAUUAAAAUCACCUCACAAAAGGACGAAUCAAAUGAGUUUUGUCGAAGGUGGAAGGUUUACAAUGGGUACGAAUAAACCGUACCUGCCUAUGGAUGGCGAGGGGCCUGCGAGAGAAGUGAAAGUUAAUUCAUUUUAUAUGGACAUUUAUGAGGCCAGCAAUGCAGAAUUUGAACUUUUUGUUAACAGUACUGGUCAUGUUACAGAGGCUGAAAAGUUUGGUGAUUCAUUUGUACUUGAAGGGAAGAUUAGUGAAGAGAUAAAGAAGGAUAUACACCAAGCAGUUGCAGCGGCACCUUGGUGGCUUCCUGUAAAAGGAGCAUAUUGGAGGAAACCAGAAGGACCUGAUUCACACAUCAGAGACAGAAUGGAUCACCCAGCUAUCCACAUUUCUUGGAAUGAUGCUGUUGCGUUUUGUCAAUGGGGUGGUAAAAGAUUGCCAACAGAAGCAGAGUGGGAAUAUGCCUGCAGAGCAGGGCUACAGAACAAGUAAGAGACCCUGUCCUUAUUUCUGGGCUUGUUUAAAACACGAAAUGGUCAAAUGAUGAAAUGGCACCACGGUUAACCUAAAACAGUAGCGCUCUGGUUAGCCUAAAUGGCUAAAUAGUGCUCAGCUUAGCCUCAAUAACGCUGACUCAACAGUAGUUAGCUCUCACUAAUUGUAACCUGAGUUAACCCUACAGGCACCUGUAUCCCACACUAACUUUUUGUCAUUUUGCCAUUUUGUGUUUUGCCCCUUGUUUUCAA